GCGUAUUUUACAAUCCAAAACCUCCUCCGAACCCCGCUCAGUCCUGUUGGCACCUGUUUGAAGCACGCCGCCCGCAUGUUCCCCACACUGGCGCGCAUUGCAUUGCGAAAACCUCCUCCGAACUUCAUACGAAGGCUAUCUAGCCAAUCAGAGGCCUCACCGAAGAUGGACAAAACAUCUACGAAAACCUCCUCCGAAGAGGCACGAGAAUUAGUGAUCUGCGCACAAAGCGUAUAAAAUGUCUUCCUCACAAUGUCCAUACUGCGUUCACUCCAUCUGACUCCUUGUCUCUUUGUUGCCAGCUCAAAACAUCAAGACUUUACUCAUCUCCCAGUCGCUGUAAGAUGGCUCCUCACAGACUGCAAGUCGCUGUUGCCGGUCUCGGCCGCAUGGGCGCUCGACACGCCUUGAACAUCCUGAACAAGACUCCACGUGCUGAGCUUGUCGCCGCAUUCUCUCCAGAUCAACAAGAGCUCAAAUGGGGCAAAGAGCACCUCGAGCCAUACGGCGUGACACUCUACGACGACUACAAAAAGAUGCUCGAGCACAAGGGUCUCGAAGCUGUAGUGAUCGGCACUGCAACCUCGGUACAUGCUGAGGAGACUCUCCAAGCUAUCGAGAAGGACCUACACGUCCUUUGCGAGAAGCCUCUCUCUACCAGCGUUCAGAUCUGCCAAGAUGUCGUCGAUGCAGCUGCGAAGAAGCCACACCUCAAGGUCAUGUGCGGGUUCUCACGACGAUUUGACGACAGCUACCAAGACGUCGCGAAGAAGAUCGAAGAAGGUGCCAUCGGCAGACCCACCGUUGUUCGAUCACAAACUUGCGACAGGCAACACCCUGACCCAGACUUCUUCGUUCAGUACGCUGCAUGGUCUGGCGGUGUCUUCGUCGACAUGUCCGUCCACGACAUCGACCUAACUCUAUGGUACUUCGGCUCCAACGUAGUGCCCAAGUCCAUCUCCGCAAAUGGUGUCGUCGCCAUCCUGCCGGGUCUUAAGCAGCACAAGGAUUACGACAACGCCGUUGGUAUCGUCGAGUUCUGGGACGGCAGAAUUGCACACUACUACGCUUCUCGCAUGAUGACACACGGUCAAGAGGAUGUCACCGAGAUCAUAGGUACCGAGGGAAAGCUUACCGUCAACCUCAACCCCCAGAAGAACCUGGUCAACUACUACUCCAAAGCUGGUAUCACCCGAGAAGUACCCAGUGACUACUGGGGCCGAUUCGAGCCUGGCUUCGUCAAGGAGGCGAACGAGUUCACCGCAGCGUGCUUAGACAACACCCCGGUGCCAUUGGAGUUUCAGAACGCUGUCAAGGCUGUGCAGAUUGGGGCUUGGUUGCAGGAAGCGUUGGUUAGCGGAAAGCAGAUCCGGUUUGAUGAAAGCGGCAAGCGUAUCGACCGCGCAAACUUGUAGAUGUCUGCGUAGAACGUCGCUGAAGUUAUACGGGUCGAAUGGUAUCUUCUUUCUUUCUUCGCAGGCGCACGUGAGCCCUUAUCGUCUCAUCUAAACUACGUCUCGUCAAUGCGGCCAACCCUUAUGUGCGCCACCGGGGGUGGCUAUUAUUCAGGUCGCAUUCUUAAAACCGCUAUCAAGUAGGAGUAUACGUUGUCUUAC